AAAGUAGAAAAGAAGAGACACCACAGAAUUCAAUUUUCUGUUAGGUGACAUUGACAUUUAAUGAAUAUAACCCUUAAUUUUAAAUACACGUGAAAGUUGUAUUAAUUAUUGUCGGAAAUUUAUAUUUUAUAGCGUAAUGGUUUCCAAACGAAAAGAAAAGUAUUCGUCCGGAGAGGGAUCACAAUUCAUGACAAGAAAAGCUGCUUUGAAAAAAUUACAAUUAUCCCUCAACGACUUUCGAAAAUUAUGUAUUUUGAAAGGAAUUUAUCCUAGAGAACCAAGAAAUCGCAAAAGAGCCCAGAAAGGAAAAGCAGGAAUAAAAACAUUAUACCAUGUAAAAGAUAUACAAUUUCUUUUACAUGAACCAGUAAUAUGGCGUUUGAGAGAUUAUAAAAUAUUUAAUAAAAAAGUAGGACGUGCUAGAGCUGUUAAAGACUUUGAGAAAUUGAAUAAAUACCUAAAUAAUCAUCCAACACUUAAAUUAGACCAUAUUGUUAAGGAACGUUAUCCCACUUUUAUAGAUGCCCUUAAGGAUUUAGAUGAUUGUUUGACACUGUGUUUUCUAUUCAGUACAUUUCCCUCUUUAGCACAUGUGCCUAGGGAUCAAUCGGCUUUAUGCAGGAGGUUAACUUUAGAAUUCCUGCAUGCUGUUAUCGAAGCGAAAGCUUUAAGAAAAGUAUUCAUUUCAAUCAAAGGUUUCUAUUUCCAAGCAGAAUUUAAAGGACAAACAAUUACAUGGAUAACACCUCAUCAUUUUUCCUUCACUCCACAAUCUAAAGCAGAAGUGGAUUUCAAAGUCAUGUCCACUUUUGUUGAAUUUUAUACUGUGAUGCUGGGCUUUGUCAAUUUCAGACUUUAUCACAGUUUAAAUUUAUACUACCCCCCAAAAUUCACGGCCAUCCAACAAAGCAGCAAUGAAAAACUAUUAGUUGAUGAAGAUGUAUUUGUUUCUGAAAGGGUGGCAGCUUUGAAUUGCACAUUAUCUAAAACUUCGCAUGAGCUAAUAGAGGAAGACUUGGAAAUUGAUAGUUUUAAUGCAGACGGAAGUGAGGCAAGUGAGGAAAAACUGGAAGAAAUACGCAAGGAAUCUGAAAAAAUUAGAAAACUCAAAACUUUAUUUAAAGGUUUGAAAAUAUUUUUAAAUAGGGAGGUUCCCAGGGAACCGUUGGUGUUUGUUAUAAGGUGUUUCGGUGGGGAAGUUUCUUGGGAUAAGACGCUUUUUGUUGGAUCAACUUUUAGUGAAGAUGACGAGACAAUCACUCAUCAAAUAGUCGAUAGGCCGUCAAUGGAAAAGCAGUUUAUAUCGAGGUAUUAUGUUCAACCGCAAUGGAUUUUUGAUUCGGUAAAUGCAGCUGAUCUGCUACCCGUAGAAAAAUAUUUCAUGGGGGAAGUAUUGCCUCCUCACUUAUCUCCAUUUAUAGACAAGGACAGGGAUCAGCAGUACAUUCCACCAGAAGCGAGGGCUUUAUAUAAUGAAAAUGAAUUAGAAGAGCAACAUAAGAUGGAUGCCACCGAUAAACAAGAUGAUGAUGAUGGUGACGAAAUUGAAAGUGACUCCGACAACGAUGAGGAAAUUAGCAGUAAAGAAGUAAAAACCGUCAAUACUAAGAAAUUGUCAGUUAGUACUGGGGAGGUGUAUAAAGAGGUACCGUGGGAGAAAGCCCGCCAGGAACGUCAAGAAUUUCGUUUGAGGGAAAAAAUGGUGAAGAACAAACAUCGUAAAUUAUAUAAGAGUAUGAUGGAGGGAAGGAGAGAUCGUGCAAAGGAAAUAUGGUUGUUGAGAAAGAAACGUCGUUUGCACGACGAGAAUCAAAAAGGGAAAAAGAAAGAUGCUAACAAAGUACAACAGAAAGAUCAGAAUAAACCGAUUGUUAGGAAAAGUAAAGUUAAAACAACAUGAUUUUGUGAUUUGAUAUGUUUUUAAUCAAAAAAAAACUUUUGUUUAAUCAGUA